AUGAAAGCAAAGAAGGACCGAAGGAAGAAGAAGGUUACUCCGACGUUUCUCCUGCAAAGGCCGACCAAGAAGGCAGAAUUGGAGACCAAGGAAUUGGUUCCAGUAGGUGUUGCUUCGGAGUACAAGUCAAGGAAGGUUUCUGGUGUACGAGAUUGGCCACCAUACUUUUUCAUUUUGAGUGAUCAAACCACAAUUGUGGUGUCAAAGGAUGGGAGUGGAGACUAUAGCACCAUCUCAAAAGCUGUUUCUGCAAUACCUGAUUCAAGUUCAGCCACAUACACCAUUUACAUCAAAAAAGGAACUUACAGUGAAGCAGUAGAUGUGGGUAGGGAGAAGAAAAGUGUUGUAUUCAUGGGAGAUGGAAUUGACCAAACCAUAAUACAAUUCAAUAAGAGUAAUUCCACUGGUUAUGGGACAAACGUAUCUGCCACUGUCAAUAUAGAAGCACAAAAAUUUGUUGCAAAAAACAUCAGCUUUGUGAAUACCGCGGGAGCCAAUGCCGGACAAGCAGUUGCUUUGAGGAGUAUAGCCUCAAAUGAUGCAUACUAUAAGUGUUCCUUCGAAGGAUACCAGGACACCUUGUACGUGCAUUCCGGCACAAAACUUUUCUACGAAUGCAACAUCUAUGGAACCGUAGACUUCAUCUUCGGCGACGCAACCAGCAUGUUCCAGAACUGCAACAUAUACGGGAGAAAUCCCGGUAAGGAAGGAAUGCCCAUUGUUGUUACAGCUGACAGAAGGGAUGCCGCAAAUAGUGACACCGGGAUAGUGAUUCAGAAUUGCACCAUCACGGCGGCACCAAAUUUCGGACCGUCAAAUUCUAAUUUCAGAGCAUUUCUUGGACGCCCAUGGCGAGAGUAUUCUAGGGUAGUAGUAAUGGAGUCUUUCUUAGGAAAUAUCGUAAAUCCUGCUGGCUGGGCACCGUGGGACAAGAACUCCAGAUUGGAUCAUUUGAGCUACAUUGAAUAUGACAACAGGGGUCCCGGAGCUGCAACUAGUCGUCGGGUCAAAUGGCCGGGUUUUCAAAUUGUAACCAGAUCCAGUCAAAUGCUACAGUUUACGGCUAAAAACUUCAUCCAUGCAAAUGACUGGUUACCUUCAACUGGUGUACCUUUCAUUCCCGGACUCACUGGAGAUCGAAAAUAA